UCAAACCAAAAAAACAAAUUUUGAUGGAAGGAGAAGGAUGAGGAGAGGCAAGGAUGAAGACGAUGAAGUUGAACAGUUGCUCCAAGCGGCUCAAGACGAGAUGAUUCUCAAGCUCUCCGUCGAUUCUCAUGCAUCACGCUCCAGACCUGAUUACCUCGAUCCGGGUCUUCACUCUAGAUUCCUCGCCCUCAGAUCUAAACCUUCGCAGCAGCAGCAGAAGAAGAAGACGACGGAGCAGAAACGGCGGUCGAUUUCUCCGACGAAAUCGAAGGAUGCUGAAGAAACGCCGGACGAUCUCAUGCUCAGAUUCGCCGCUCUGAAGAGUACUCUUCCCUCCUCCUCAUCGUCUUCCUCCUCUGUUCCGCCGUCAGUUCUUCGUCCGGGUGAAAUGGGAGAUGAGGCUGAUGAAUUAGGAGAAGAUGAUGAAGUUGAGAAGCUGAUACAGUGGGCUAUAGACGCUGCGCGUCUCGAUCCUUCUCCUCCCUCCGAUGACGAUGAUGAUGAUGAUGAGAACCGGAGCUCUGAUAAUGAUGAUGAGAAUUGUUCAAAGAGAAAUGUCAAAACCUAAUUGUAACAACUUUGCUCUUCCUUGUAAGUUUAUAUACAUCCGUUUAGUCACACUUGUUGAAUCAAGAUUGAGUUAAGUCUGCAUCGCAUUCAGAUUAUCUAAUCUUUGAACCUGAUCAA